AUGUCUGAUGUAUCAAAAUUAUCAAAAAAAAUAAAACGGCGUGAUCGUACAAAAACAAAUAGUGGUAUCAUAACAACAUUUAUUACAAAUUGUAAUAAGCGUCCAUUUGAUGAAAUCAAUAGUACGAAUUCAACGGGUUGUAAAAGACGAGCUCUAUCAGCAACAUUAGGUAGUGAAAAUCAAAAUUGUUCGAUUAUAUUUAUUAAUAAUCAAGGAGAAUUUAAACCAAUGACAACAAAUGAUUAUGUUUGUGAAAAAAGAAAAUCUAUUACAAAAUUUGAAACAAGUCUACCGAAUGAAAUUUUAUUUGAAAUAUUUAAAUAUCUAUCACAACCGGAUAUUUUUUAUGCUUUUUUAAAUCUUAAUCAACGUUUUAAUCAAGUUUUACAACCAUUUACAAAUCAUAUUGAUUGUUCAAAAUUGUCUAUUAGACAAUUUGAACAUAUUAGAAAUCAUCUUUUUAAUGCCAAAUCAUUGACACUCAAUAAUCAGGUAAUUAUCUAUUCUAUGAACAUAAAACUUGUAAAAUAUCUCAAAAAAAAAAAAAACAGAAAGAGAUUUUUAUUACUUUCCGUUAAUAAUAUAUUUGACUAAUUUUAUAUGCAAUAUUCUGAAACAAAACAUUCAGAAGAUAGAGCGUUUUAGAAAUACUAUAGGCUAUAUUAAUUUCCAUUUCAAAAACAGAAAAAAGGCGGGUGAAAUUUUUUUGUUGAUAGAGAGCUGCAAUUUUCACAUUUACAAAAGAAGAGAUGAAGACAUAUCGAAUUGUAUAUUGCAAGUGUGUUUAAGUUUUUCAAUCGAUCUUUUUGAAAAGCAAUAUAUCCUUUGAAUCGCCAACGGAAGAUCUACAAAAUUAUGUUAAACUUCAAAUUUUCUUUUUUUGAUUCAGUUAUUCAGGAAUCAUAGAUAUUCUCGAGCAAUUUUUCAAAUAAUCGCUGUGAAAAAGAAAAUCAUAUUUUUUCCUGAUGUCCACGUCCGCAAACACGUCGUAUUACAAAUGACAUCACAUAUGCGUGACAAUCAUAGAAGUGACAUCACGCGCAUGUAUGUUAUUAUGUAAUAGGUCUUGUAUUGAACUGUAGAAGAUGAUUUGUAUUUUUGAAAAUGUAUAAACAAAAAGAAAAAUCUACGAGUAGAAAUUAAAAAGAGUUCAAGUUUUAUGAUCCAUCAUUGAAGCUUUUGUUUUCGAAUCAAAGUAAAAUUUUCCUUAAAAACAACGAAUGAGUCAAUUAAGAAAUAAACAAUGGCACUUACUAAUUUUUGUAAACUUUUAGUAAGAAUAUUUUCAUUUUUAAUAUUAAAUUCUAGAAUCAGAUAUACAGUUGAGGACAAAAGUUUAAGCGAUAUGCAUUUGUCCUUUCUCUUGUUCUACGUCUAUCUCAGUCCAAGUAAGUCGAAACCAUUUCGUUCACCCACCAUCUUGUAAAGUUUUCGACGCUCUUUCCAGCGGUGGGUGAAUUAAGGCCGCUCCCCCCCUCCAAAAUCGAUUUUCGGUAUAGUACGUGGGAGUUCCACGAAGUUUUCUAGGAAUGUUCGGCUCUUAGUUGUACAUGCAUAAAAAAAUUUUCAGGGCUCUAAACUUUAUCGUUCAAAAGUUUUCGAACAAUCAAGGGGGAAAAUAGGGCUUCCACGGGAACAAGAAAUUUUUCAAUACACUUCAAGCUACAGCGCCCGGGGUGGUCUCAUUUGAAAGAGAACUCUUUUUU